AGUAAAUAUUUAUGUCAAUAUCCCCUAAAUAUAUGCCAAUAAAUACUUGAGGUUGUAUAUAUCUAUACCAAUAUCCCUUUCAUUUUCCUCUUUCCAAAUACAACUAAUUUAGCUCACUAAAGUGGAAAUUAUUGUCAUUAAGUUUCAAUCACAAUUUUCAGAAGCACAGCUUGUGUUCGUGUUGUAGGUAGAGAUGCAAGUCUUCUUGCUUCAAUAUCUGCGGGCCAUCGUAGAUGAUUGCAUUAACUUUGACAACCCAACUAAACUUUCACUUAUUCAAUGUUUAGCAUUAAAAAAAUUGAGAGAGAGAGAGCGCACAAAUUAAAUAUCUAACAGAAAAAAUAAUCCUUGCGUGAAAUUUCAGCAUUAUUAAUCAACCAAACGACCCUUUAGAUUGACCUUUACGGCGUCGUUUUUGUCCACCUUCUUCGCGAACCACGCAAUUCUCAUAUUCUUUAAUUGUAAUCAAUUUCUUUGUCCAAUUUACUUGGAUAUUUUGCUUCAACCCAAGUCUCUGCAGCAGAGGUGUUGAAUUAAGAAGAAUUAUUGACAGAUAGAUAGUCCAAAUUUGAGGGAUUCUAAGUUUUUCACCAUCAGUGUCUUUGGUUAGCGACAACCACUUUCAAUCACAGCACUGAUUCAGCAUCUUGAACUGUGAGCUAUGGCCUCGACCUUGGAAAAUGAAGCUAAUUCCUCCAAAAAUGUGUUCAUUCUAUCGGGGCAGAGUAACAUGGCUGGUCGCGGUGGAGUAGAAAAGCAUCACUGGGACGGCGUUGUACCAAACGAGUGCUCUCCUGAUGCUUCUAGAAUCUUCCGUCUUAGUACACACCUCCACUGGGAGGUGGCACGUGAGCCACUCCACCAUGACAUUGAUUCCAAAAAGACCUGUGGUGUUGGACCUGGAAUGUCAUUUGCAAACGCGAUCAAGGACCGAGUGGAAGCCAUUGGGUUAGUGCCAUGUGCUGUAGGAGGGACCGCGAUAAAGGAGUGGGCCCAUGGGGAGCAUUUGUAUGUCAAUAUGGUCAAGAGAGCUAGAGCAGCCAUGCAUCAUGGUGGAGAAAUCAAGGCAUUGCUUUGGUAUCAAGGAGAGAGUGAUACAUUAUCUCAGCAUUGUGCUGACACCUAUAAGGCUAAUAUGGAGAAGUUAAUACAUAAUGUUCGUGCUGAUUUGCAUCUGCCAUCUCUGCCAAUUAUUCAGGAACAGAGAGCGGCGAUUGCUGAACAGGGAAUCGCAAUAGCCCGGUUGCAAAACGGAGGAGAUGAAGCGACCCCGGGGAAGACGAAGGGUGUUGUCGAAAUCGGAAGAAACGAGCCACGGAUGGUCGAGAGUAACGGUUCCGGAGCCAGUUCCUUCAUCGAGGUUCUAAAGAUGCUCGAAACUUUGGCAAAACGGGUAGACUCGACCGAAAAGAGGGUCGAGACGUAUAACUCUCGGGUGGAUCAAAUACCGGGGGCUCCACCUUUGCUAAAAGGGCCAAACUCGAAAAGGUACAUUCAAAGGCCUUUUCGUCCGAGUGCGGCUCCGAAAUUGAUCCCGAAGAGGUUCAAAAUGCCGGAUAUCCAAAAAUAUGACGGCACAACGGGCCCUUGCGAACACGUGACCUCAUACACCUGUGCUAUAAAAGGCAAUGAUAUGGAAGAUGAUGAAAUCGAAUCCGUGUUGCUGAAAAAAUUCGGGGAAACUCUAGCAAAAGGAGCAUUGACUUGGUACGAUCAUCUGCCCGAGCAUUCAAUCACUUCUUUCGAAACGCUCGCCGAUGCCUUCAUAAAAGCACACGCCGGAGCCAAAAAGGUGCAGGCUCGGAAGGCGGAUAUUUUCCGAAUUGCCCAAAGAAACGAUGAGUUACUGCGUGAAUUUGUCAGCCGGUUCCAAAGGGAACGAAUGGAGCUUCCCCCGGUUCCGGAGGAAUGGGCUGCACAAGCUUUCACAAAAGGGCUCAAUGUUCGGAGCUCGACGACUUCGUUCAAAUUAAAGGAAAGCUUGGUGGAAUACGAGGCUGUGACAUGGGCAGAUGUCCAUAACCGGUACGAGUCGAAGAUUCGGGUGGAGGAUGACCAACUCGAGCUUCCCCCGGGGCCCGUAAUUAUGAACAAAAGUCUGGAGAGACCAAGGAAGAAUUACGAACCGGAGGCCAGAUCAUCGAGGGAGAGGUACCGGCCAUAUUCUCAUCCGGAGAAACCAAGCUUCAGGACGGACUAAGGUUGCAAUUGCAUCAGGAGAUGAGAAAUAUGUUGAAAAGAUUCGAGAAGCGCAAAAGGCGAUUGAUCUUCCAAAUGUUGUAUGUGUUGAUGCCAUGGGAUUACAGCUUAAGGAAGAUAAUCUCCAUUUAACCACAG